AUUAAAUGUUUGGAAGUUUAUUCAUAUUCAUAGCAUUAGUCUAAAGUAAAAUCAUUACAUAAACAUUCUCAUUAAAAUAAUUAGCAAAAAUGGAUUACAUUCCAUUAAGUAGAUUUGGUAGUCGGGGAAUUGUAAAUUAUCAAAUAUCGUAUCAAUUUGACAUUUAAUAUUUAGGUCUCGAGUCCUUAAUGUUCCAUAAGAUUUUGAAGGUGAAAGAUUAACAAUUGCUUUUGAAUUUUUUUAAUAAGAUAAAUGGGAAUCUGCUUAAUCUAAAUCAGAGUGCAGUAGAAGAGAUAUUGCAAAUAGAAUUAUAUAUUAAACAAUCGAGGUUGAUUCUUAUUAAGAGAUGUCAAUAUUAAAUGGACAAUUAACUUAUGGCAGAUAUCAUAAUGUUUGGUUAGCAAAUUUCAAUAAUUGUGAUCAUAAACUUGAAAAGAUGUUUUCUUAAGAGACAAGAAAUAUUUAUUUGGAAAUAUCUAUCUGGUUAUAUGAUGUAGGAGGAUAAGAAUUCUCUUUAGAAGAGCAUGGAUUAUUUAGCAUUGUAUCUAUUUUAGCAUUACUAACUCUCAUAGGAUUUUAUUAUAAUUAUAGAGUCUAUAAAAAAGAAUAGGAUAAAUAUGGAGAAAAAGACUAUGCUCUACUUUUUGUCUUAAUCAUUAUUGGAUUAGAGGCAUUAUAGAAUACUCUUAAUUUUUUUAAUCUUUUAGUCUAUAAUAGUAAUGGUAGAGGAAUAAGUGCAUUUCUUAUUACUUCAGAAAUUAUAUAAUCAAUUGAUAACUUUUUACUUAUGCUUUUAUUAAUAUUAAUUGCUUGGGGAUGGACAAUUGAAUUUAUGAAUUUUUAGAUUGAAACAAAUUUUUAUUUCCCUUUGAUUUUCAUUCUAGGGAUUAUUUAAACAAUUUUUGCUGUUUUAGGCAAAUUUCUAAGUAAUUAGACUUAAUUCCAUAUGUAUGACGGUUGGGUUGGAUAUUCUAUUAGUGUUAUUUAUCUUUUGUUAGCCCUAUAUUUUUAUUAUUCAGCAAGUCAAAGAAAGAAGAAGAGCGAACUUGUUUCCAAUUUUUAUUUUUAGCUUAAGAUUUAUGGAACUUUAUUUUUUAUAUCCUUUCCAGUUCUUUUGAUUUUAUCUAAAUUGAUGGAUCCUUAUAAAUCAUAUAAAAUAGUUAUUUUAGGGAGUAUGCUUAUGAGAUUAAUUAAUAUUACACUUUUAGUAAGAUUGUUUAUUGGUAAAUCAACAGAUUAUCAAAAGAUUUGUAUUAAAGGAAAAUCCUUUUUAGAUAGAGAGAAAAUGUUGUGA